AAAAAUGUAUGCUUUGAAUUGGCGGGGGGCAAAGGAGCUUGUAGUCGUUGGAAGAUUUUGGCGCGAAAAUCCUCUAAAAGACCUCAGCCUGUUUUGGCGGUGACCAAACAUGACGGCGGCUGAAAUAACCGACCUCUUCGAGAGGCUCGCUUCCCACCUCAAUGGCUCCCCCUCUUCUUGCCAUGAACAAGCUCUGCAACUCUCCAUUUCCAAUUUCAACCUCAACCCUCGUUCUAGGGUUAGGGUUUUGGAUACCGCCCUGUCUCUCAUGUGCUUCAAAGCUCCACAGGUUUUUGAUUCAACAGUUAAAUACUUGAUGGAAACCAUUGUCAGCGUUCUCUCGUCAUCGAUUAGCUGCAAGGUUUUUCAGUUUCACAAAGACGAGGUUUUGUUAAUCGGAACCUCCAUUUCUCGCCGAGAUUUCCCCGGUUUGAUCGAAGCCUGCUCCGACGUUCUUCAAAAACUAGAGAGACAUGGUACUCAGUAUAAAGACCUGUUAUACUCUGUUCUAAGAGUUGCAAUUUCAUCAUCUUGCUAUCGAUUUCCGUAUCCAUCAAGACCUAUUCUUUCAGUUAAAUCCCUUGAUGUAAGGGCCACUGCAGUUUCUAAGCUUCUCAGUACUUGUCCUAAAGGUCUCUCCUUUGACAAUAGUAAUAUUCCAUUUAGAUUGAUGUCCUGGUUUGUUGACCAACUAACUUUAAAGAAUGAUAUUUUAAAAAUUUUGCACGAAUCUAUGGAGAGGCCUUUCCUCUUUCUGUGCAAAGAAUUUCAUGAGAGAAUCGAUUGGCGUGAUAUCGUAAAAUGCUUAGUACUUUCUCCUGCUAUGUUUAUUGAAACAAGAGCUCUGUUGCACAGAUGGUUUCUGUUGACGGGGCUGUCUUCUGUGUUAGAGCUUCUAAAUGCAUUGUGCUUAGUGAUGCUAGAUGUAAUUUCCACACCAACAUGGUGGGACUUCUCAAUGGUCUUAGGAUCAAAGCUUCCAUUUGCUAAUUCUUUUUUUCCCUAUCACUACCACUUUUUUAGGAUCUUGGCUGGACCCAUCUCUCAAGUUAGUCUUCUACAUUUGGACAUUGGUACAAGUGAAUUGAUGUCUUGCUCCAGCAAACAGUUUGUUUCUAAUAUGAAGACACCUGGAAUGAUGGCUGAAAAUAUAGAUCAUAAAUCUUACUGGGCUCUUGCAAUCAACUUCCCGAAUUGGUUUUACUUUGCUUCUGCUUUGCUCUUCUCUGACAAAAGCUUUCAAGACAAGGUAUAUUCGAAAUGUAUAACAGACACAUCCAAAAUUGGUUAUGAAGAAUCACAUUCUUCUGCUGCAGCAAGGUACAUCGCGUGGAUUCUGAACCCUGUUAGUAUAUCUGAUCAGGAUUUACUAGCCAAUCUUCUGGUGAAGAUAUCAAUAUCUAUGGCUUUUAAGCAGAUUGAUUCAGGUUCAUGUAAGAAGAAGACAGCUAGUGUCAGAAAGAUACUGAAAAAACCCAAAAAUUGUAGCAAGUAUAAUACUUAUUCAGAACAAUUUGACUGUCAACUCGUUGCACUUUGGCUUGAGGAAUUCAAAAGCUUAACCGCAAAGUACUGUGACACAAAAUCAUCUUGUGAUCUUAGUAUGCGGAAAAAUACAUUGUUCAGGAGAAUCCCAUUAGGUAUCUUGCUUGGUUGCCUGAAUUAUCUAGACGAAGAGGUGUGUGAAUUGCUGCUGCAUUAUGCUGCCACUGAUAGAAUACCCCAGUCAAGGAAAAUUGAGAUUUCAAGUUUGAAAAAUAUAAAAUCUAACAAUGAAGAAAUACUCGUGCGGGUUGAUAAUUACACUAAGGAUGAGGCCAUAUCAGGUGCCAGUCUUGUCUUCAGUUUAACUGAUAUUGUUGAAAGUAUGUCUGCUUCAUUAUUUGAGACCGAAGAUGAUGGGGUUGAUUUUAUUUGCCUAGUGAAAAUAAGAGUGGGAAAAUUCUUGACAAAGUGCAUCAAUAGGCUAAUUCAACUUAAAAUUGAAGAAGAUGGAAAACAAUUGGUGAUGGAUCUCUGUGCAAGGUUGAAGCAGUGGUUGCAUCAAGGUCACAGAGUAUUAGAUAUUAACAAAUAUGUUGAUGAACUCAUUAAAGUUUUGAGCAAUAACUCUUCUCUGUAAAAGAAUAAAGAAGUUUUGCCCUAUGAUUUCAGCUCUGCCAGUGUAAUUUUUAUAGUGGGUCGUAAUGGUGUAACGCCAAUGUUGAAAGAGAUUGCGAGGUGAAUGUGUAAGAGAAUACCCUUCUCUGUUGUGAAUAUUUAAUACUGUAUAUAACAAAUAUAUAUUUUAUGCUGAGAAAAUCGUUAGCUAUUAACUAUUGUACCCCUUUUGAGGAACAUAGAUCAAAAGUGGCAAGAUCAAUAUAAACUUUAUAGUCAAACUUUAUUUUUAUUCCAUUUCUUUCUGCAAAGAAAAAGCAAUUAAUUGCCUUUCCCUAGAAUGUUACAGCCAUUGAGACUCAGCAAGUUGAGGACUUACUCUUUACUGGUAACGUAUGUAUAUGUAUGAAGCUUUCUUCUUAAUUUUUUUUUCUUUUCUUUUUCUGACAUACAAAAUGUCUGUACAAACUCAAACAUCGUCACACUAUCUACAGUUUCUAUUUCCAGGAUUAAACAUUGUAUGGUUCUGAAGUUGCGUUCUGUCCAUGUUGAAUCAGACUGGUAAGGCACUCUGGAAUCUUCUGAGCUUCAAUUAUUAUUAAUGUGCAGCUGCUAUUGAAUCAAUCUGGAACUUUAUUUUUCUUUUUAUUCUUUUUCUUUAGUUUUCGUAAAUACAAAUGUUGCUAUACGCUGGUUGGAAAUUGAUGUCCUCCAAACCCUUUUUAUUUAUUUUUACUGGCCCCCUCUUGUUCUUAGGACCAAAGAAAUCCCACUAGGGUCGCCACCCCAUUCUUCAAACACAACCAAUAAGUUCCCGGUUGGGUUCAGCCAUGACCGUGGAACGUGGUACCUGAAAAUAACAGAUCAUCAUCACAUACUUUCUACAACUGAACAAACAGAGUACAACUAUGUAAACCAUAACUUAGACUCACCAUCUUUGAGAGGCCUCUCCACAGUUGCUCCGGCACUUAUUCUCAUCAAAAAUUCCAGCAUAAUUACAAGGCGCACAGUUGCCGUGUGCUGUGUAUGCUGGCCAGUGGCGUCCAAUGCUCCGACCAUUUACCCAUACUUGUCCUUUUCCCAUGGUAUUCAUGUCCAAAGCAAAUGGAGCAUGACCUCCUGGUGCAUUGAAAGUUGUCUGGAAAUGGAGAAGCAAUGAAAUGAACUCUAUGAAGAAAUUCAAAGAGUGGUUAGGUUUUCGUGUUUGGAGUUAUUCUCUCACCUUGUACCAUGUCAUUGGUUGUUUUUUAGCCAAGAGUGCACCUUGCCUCCAUUCAACCGAUGAACUCCCACUAACUGUGUGUAGAUUUAAUGAUUCUCCUUUCAAACCAAUCUGUUAUCAUGGACAAGUUUAGUUUUUAGCUCUCUGUGAUACUUGGUCAUAUUCAAUUUGAUUGUAUAGGCAGAAUAUGAAACAAGAAAUGUUGACUGUCAACUAACCUUGUAUGACCAUUUCCAUUUUGACAUAUCCCAUGUUCCUGAGUUGACACCCCUCAGUGUGACCGGGCCAAGAACACCAGCAUUCCAUGUCUCGAAAUGCAGACCAACAUUCUGAUGAUCAAAGAAGAGAAAAGGGUCAAGUUCAUCUGCUAUUAUAGAAUAGUGUACGGAACUAAUAUAACCAGUCCACACCAAUAGGUGAGAGAACUAACCGGCAGACCCACAGCAACACUUAGUAUAGCAAGCUUGUUGAUUCCAACUCUCAGAUUUAUUUUUUGACUGAAUGUUAGUUUUGGAUUGGCCAAUGAUCCGUAAGUACUUCCUGUUAAAGAAAUGUAUUUAGUAAUAAUUCCAAUUAUUGCCUGGAAAUUUAAGUUGAAAUCGGUGCAGUUUCAUUUACCAGCUAGUUGGCCAUUGACGAAAACAUGCAAGGCGUGGCCUGCUGAAAAAAUAGUCAGAACAGGAAGUUGCCCAUUCUUGAGAAAUCCUUCAUUUGAACCUAUUGUGAUACUGUGAACAAGUAGAAAAAGAAAAAUAGCAAGAGGAUUACAAUUCGACAAACUAAAACAAAGUUAACAAUGUCAACACAUAAGAAUGUCAUUGCCUGCCAAUACUUACUCUGUCAUGUACCAAAGAUAGUCUGUUUUAUCCCAUGUGAGGCUUAUUUGCUCUCGCAACCCUUCCAAUGAAAAUGUACCAGUACUACUGGAAGAAGCAGUUUCUUCAUUGAACGAUGCCCAAGAGAACCCCUUAACCACAGGUGUCAUUUGUACCAGUGAGUUUGGAGCACCUACCUGUAAAAAAUUACAGCCUCAUGUUAAAUGCAUCACCGCAGAUCAGAUUUUGUAAAACCUAAUAGUGGUUUUAAAACCCACUUUGCCCAUUGCAAUAGAACUUUAUAUGUUUAACAUAAUCAUUAGUAGUUUUCUUACCUUUGCAGUGUUGUAAACUACAGUUUUGCAGUCAGGAAGAACGCUAAUGGACCAAGCUGGGAGGUCGUACGGCAAAUUGUUGAAACUCACUCUUACAGUUGAUUUAGUAUCAUAAUUUGCAAGGAAUGCAGCACAAGCCCCGGAUUUUCCUCUGAAUACAUGAGCCUAGACAUACACGAAAUAGUUUGAUUGUGAGAAGAACCACAGUAAAAAAAACUAUUAAUACAUGCAAAAGGUCAUUGUUUUAGCUUAGCUUAUAAAAUUUACCUCUUGACUUUUUCCAAGUGAUGUCACUGCAGGAUCAGUUUCUACUAAAGCUGGCUCACAUGCCUUGAUGGCUUUAUGCAAGUCCCUCAAAUGUGCCCAUUUUGGCCUUAUUAAUCCUACCAAAAAAGAAGAGGCAACCUUGUAAGCAUUUUUUAAGAUAAUCUAAACUAGGAAAAACAAGUAGUUGACUUUUCUUUCUCUUAUCUCCAGGAUGUUAGGCAACCUUAUGGAGCAAACAUAAAGGUUUUCUAGAACUUCAUCUGUGUUAUAAGCCUAUUCACUUACCAUACUCAUCAAGAGGAGCAUCAUAAUCAUAGCUAGUUGCAAUGAAGGGACCACCAGCCGUGCGGCCAAAAUUUGUUCCUCCAUGAUACUGGAACAAAAUUACAUAAAUAUAGAUUUUAAUAAAUAAAUACAAAGGGUGAAAAUAAUUACAACCUAGGUCAAUAAAUAAUUACUAACCAUAUAGUAAUUAAUGAAGGCACCACCAUUUUGAAUAAACCUUGCAACACCGAAGGCCAUGUCUUCGGCUGGUCUAUGAGGAACUGCCCCACCAAACUCUGUGUACCUGUAUAAACCAGUUACAUGGUCAAGGAGGCUGUCUUAUGCAAAAAUGUCUUUAAUCACAAUAGGACAAAACAUUAAUGUUACACAUUAUGAGAAGCAUUUCAAAGAAGUGAAAAUGAGAAAUUUAAGGUGUACAUCAGGCAAUGGGUGUGACUCACCAGCCAGUCCAUGCUUCUGUCCAUAGUUUGGGUUUAUAGACUUUGUUUGGCUUGUAAUUUUCACAGUAGUAACCAUUGCAGGCAUCGAUCUGUCACACCAUAAAUGAUACAGCUUUUUUGAGAAUUUAUUUUGAAACCAUGUUACUUGUUAUUAAACUUCAUAACUAAGUUCACAUUUUCUCUCUGGUUUUUACCCUCUUGGCUGCUGCUGAUACCUCAUUUUUCAGAAUAAAAAGAGGCUUAAAAGUAAUUAUAUCAAACAAUUAAAAAAAGGGGGUCAUUUUCUUGGCUUUCUAUGGUUUCACAAAUCACCAGUCUGUUCUAUUAAAACAAAAUCCGAAUUCAAGCUUCAAAUCAAGUAGGACCCUUAAUAAUCAUAUAACAGAUAUGAGGGCAAACAGGCAAUAGCAUGUCCCAUAGCUAUAUGAUUAUAUAAAAUAAGAAGAAGAAAAUAAGAAUGUAAAAUAAAUAAAUAAGUAAAAGAAACAACUAAGCAAACAACUUGAUCUUUAUAAACCCCACCAACAAAGAAGUAUGACUUUAAAUGAAGGGCACUUUAUACAGAGGGCCAAUCGUCUCUUGUACAAAAAAAACAUUAUGAAGUGAAGAAAAUAAUAUUAAUAUAGCCAAUAAUAAGCAACAGAAUGAUAAAAUCCUACAAGAAAAUUUUGUGCAUGUUCUGUGUCUUUUCUUAUUUUCAGUUUAUUUAAUUUGACACGAUCUCAACUCACUCAUUAGUAUUUUUCAUACAAUAAAUUAAAAGUGAAGUGAUACUAAACAGGCCCCCAAAUUUUCUUUUUUUAUUUUUCUUUUUGUUAUUUCUCUACAAAAUUAAAAAAAAUAUAGUAAUUACUUAAUUAAUUAAUACUUACAAGUGGGUCAGGGGUAUCCUCUUGUUUGCACAUAACCCAUGGGACACCUGUGUUAAGGCCAACAGCCAUUUGAGCUGCCCAUUUGGUGUAAGCUUUGCCAGGAGCACCAAUUUCCCAUUCUGUUGGUCCAUAUUCAUUUUCAAUCUGUAAAAAAAAAAUUAACUUUAAAACUCAAAGUUUAUACCUUUGACUAACCCCAAAACAAAUAAAUAUCUCAAAAAAAAAAAAAAACCCAAAACAAAUAAAUACUUUUAAGUAAAUAAUAAAUGUAGUUUUCAAAGAUAGUUAAGAUUUUUAUUUCUUCUAGAAAACAGAGUUUGGUUUUCCAUAACAUACCUGUGCAAGAAUAAUGGGACCCCCUUGAGUUUCAAACAGUCUUUCAGCUUUCAUCAUAUUUACAAUCAUACUUGUGAAUUUUUGCAUUGCCGCCUUCAUCAUAUUUAAUUAAAAAAGAUAAUACACAUUAAUUAUUUAUUAAUUAAGAAAAAAACAAACAAGAAAAGAAUUUAAUCAUGAAAUGAAAUAUUCAAGGUGGGUUUACCUUGAAAGGUCCAUUGUCUGUUCUAAAAGCGAUUCCAGGGACGAAUUUGAGCCAAACAGGGAAUCCUCUGAAUUUCAAAAAACAGAGUACAAAUUAUUUCAUAUUUAUAUUUUUUCCCAAUAAAUUAUUUAAUUUUAAUUUUAAAUUUUUUUACCCAAAGUUCCAUUCGGCACAAACAUAGGGACCAAUUCGGAGAUGAACAUAUAGGCCAGCUUGAUGCACCAGCUUAAUGAACUUAACCAAAUCAUAAUUAUCUUGGAAAUUAAACUGCAAAUUAGAAAAAGAAAAAAAACAAAAA